AUGACUGGGCCAAAACCUCCAAUGGAGAUCACGGGCGAUUGCUCCACCAUUUACAACAACACACUUUACGUCUAUUCGCCCGAGGGUUUCGCCUCAAUACCCCUCAAGGAAAAUGGAAAAUGGUUCCCAUUGCCGGAGCCAAAAUACACGGUUACUAGCCCUGCUUGCGUCAAGGGCGAGAUUUACGGCAGCAAGGACGAGGCAUUCUAUCUGGUCGGCGGGACCGGCCCUUCUGACAACAGCGGCCUCCAACGAUUUUCUUUCAGCAGCAACAAGUGGGAAACUUUACCCAUGACAGCCUCAGAUAUGAAAAAUCGCACUGGACACGGCGUUGGAUACUUGUCAUCAACUUCGGAAAUCCUUGUCUACGCGGGAAACACAGAUGGCAGUAAAAGUGCUUCCCAAUCAACACUCCUUAUCUCGACAGAAACCUACGGCGUUAAUUCUGGUCUUGCCCAAGGUGCACCCGCAGCGUAUCAGCCUAUCAUCCUGCCUUGGGGUAAUUCCCAACUCGCCUUCAUUGGCGGCUCUACAACCAAUACUGCAAUUUUUGUGUAUGAUCCCAGUAACGGCACGGGCUUCACUGUGUCGGAAGCGACUCUUCCCUCUCCCAUCGAAUCUACAUCGCUCUGUGCUCUGGUAUCGGAAGGCGACGACAUGGUGCUCCAAGAAUUCAAGAUGGAUUCUUCCCCGAACACUGUGACGAGCUUCCUCCUCAAGUCAAAGGGAAAGCUGCAAAGCCCGGCCCCCGUCGUUAGCUCUUCGGAGAAGAGGAGUAUCACGGAUUCCUCCAACAGCACAUUCGCUCCCAAGGAGUCCUGGUCAGAAUAUGCGCUCGCCCAGGGCAAUGGCAUUGUCGUUCUGUCGAAUGGCCAGAGUAAUGACUCACUGGCAGUGUUUAACCAAACCUCCAAUGGCUGGGUCAACUCGACCGCACUGUUUUUUGGAAGUGGAGAUCAGACCUCACUCAGACCAUCGACCACUUCCCUCACCUCAUCAUCUACCCCGACGUCCACUUCAUCUGACUCGACCUCCGCCACGACCACGCCUACUUCCUCAUCAACUUCAGCCGCAGCUGCCGGCGGUGGCCUUAGUGACCACGGCAAAACCAUUCUCGGCGCUACACUUGGAAGUGUCCUCGGGUUUGGUCUGAUCUUACUCAUCAUCCUUCUACUCUUGCGCCGCGAGAAGGAAAAGAAGAAGAAGCUAGCCGCCCAGAGCGAUACUCGUGGCGAUAGCAAAGACCGACUCAGCUUCCAGGACCAGGGCAUAGAACCCCUAACUGAAGGCGCCUACCCAAUGGCCAGGUCUCCUGUCCCACUUGCUGCCUCCGCAUCGGCCGACUCGCUCGCCAUCAUGACUGGCAAUUACAGCGGAGAGAAAUCUCUCAGGCCACCUGGUGCCACAGGUUAUGGAUUAGCCGCCGGCAAGAGCAGCCCGCUAUCAACUAUUCCCUCCAGCGGCGCCUUGGGCGCAUCAAGCGUGUACACUGAUGAAACCGAUCGGACGGCCGAUUCCCCCGGUCGCGGCAACCAGCCCGGAGACCGGACAACCGACGAAGGAUGGGGGAAGUACUUUGAGGAAAACGGUGGUACCAACUUGCAGUCCGACCGUUCCACCAUGAGCUCUAUCUACACAAAAUCCGACUACCGUGGAAGCGGCUGGCCAAUGGCCAAUUUGGCACCACUAAACUUCGGCUUCCUUGACCAGCCCAAGCCCCUCGGCCAAGUCUUCAGCGGCAGCCCAACGACCGAAGUCAGUUCUUCGGAUAUGGGCAGUCGAAGCCUCGUAAUUCCAGAAGGUCAAUCGGCACGAAUCUCCAGCGUCGACUCAAUCAGCGUCACAUCAGAUGACGACCGUGAUGAUCCAAACUGGCAAGGUGCAGCACACAGCAGCUGGCUCGGCCGUCCCUCAAGUUCCAACUACAGCAACAGCUUCUACGACUCAAGCACACGCGAUCUAGCAGGAAGGUCGGCCAACACCGGCCUCGCAGACAAAGCACGACAAUCACAUCGGAGAUCCAGUGUCAUGAUUCCCGACAACAUCGACGAAGAUGAACUCCCCAUACAAGGGCAGAAUAACAAUCCCAAUUCUGAUAUGAGCUGGCUCAAUCUCAAAGUUGAACGUUAA